AUGGUUUGUGACCAGUGCCUCCUUCUAAAAAAGGAGAACUCAUUGAAAAAAGUGCCCAACACAGAGUAUGCGACCGGAGCCACUGUGAAGUAUAUCUCAGGCACCCUGAUGAAACAAGACCUCUUUCACAAUAAGUUAAAGCUCCAUGAAGAGCUACAAUAUCUCAACACGUUGCUUGAAAAACACUCUAGAACUGCCGAUAUCGACUUCUGGACAACUCUCUCAGUCCAUGCUAAACAUGGCCUCUUUGACAACAUGGAUGUUUUCAAAGGUCUUGUGGAAGCGGUGGCUGUUCGGGCUGAGCGCAAAGCUGCCGGUAAGGCAUUGAAUGGCAUGCAAUUCAAUGAAUACUUUGACAGUUUUGUGACCACAAUGGCCGCCAUGAGCCCUGCAACCGCCAACCACUUCCGAGAUACUUUUGCUGGACGGUCUCUUUGUUCCAUGAGACAUCAACGUCAAAAAAACGGUGGACAGAUUGAAGACGGAAUUGUCUUGUCUAACUUUGAAAGGGUUGCUGGAUACAUCAAAAAUCUAGGCUAA